AUGGCUGUCCAUGGCAAGAGCUCGGCAGUCACGGCAGAAUGCACCCAAGUCUUCCAUCUUUUUACCAGGCUUCCCAUUGAGCUUCGAUCCAAGAUAUGGGCUUGCAACCUCCCAGGACCGCGGAUCGUGGAGAUAAAAUGCAGCGCCGAACCUGCCCGGACAUCACAGCUGCGACAGGGCGACCGUAGGGCGGUUGUUUGUACAUCCACAUCUCCUAUACCGAUCAAUCUGCAUAUAUGUAGGGAGUCUCGGUGGGAAGCGUUGAAACGAUACCGGCUUUUAUUCGGUUCUUCCCCACAACUUGGUCGUAUUUUCUUUGACCCCUUGGAAGAUACGCUCUAUUUCGGUCCAAGGCGGGGAAUUGCGACUGCAGAGACGCUGUUUCACACUUUCGUCUCCCUAGUCCAACGAGAAGACUUAGGCCAAGUUCGUCGUAUCGCUAUUAGCGAGGGUCUCAUAACCUAUACCGGCUCUGGUAGUCGGAGAGGUAGAGCCAACAAACUAACAUUUAAGCAAACGCUGUGCCAAGCACAACGAUAUUUUAUAAAUAUUGAACAUCUCACCUUCGUCAGUGACGACAGGAAUCCUGUCUACAGCUCGGAUGCGGUCUUCGUCGAACCAAGAGUAAGAAACCGGAUUUUAGAACGGCGAAUACAGGAGGCUAUCGAUGUCGUCGAGGGACAGCAGCCAGAAUUCAAGCUGCCGCUUUGCAGUGUGCGAGUCAUUGCUGCUGAACCUAACCGUCCUCUGUACAACCAGUCCGUAAUGGGCUAUAACGGAAAGCGAGCGACGUUUUUCAAAGAAAUUCAGCUUCCACGAAUUCAAAGAGACAUGGCUCAUUUACAAUCUGCCACGUGCGUGUAAUUCUGCGUGGAUUGAAGUCGACUCCAACUGUACGGGUGGUUUUGAACUUGCUGGGGUAUAUCCGCAAGCCAUAUAGCGCUAGCUUUCUAAUAAUUAAAAAUUAAUUGCGUGCUGUCAGUGAGGUCUGGAAUCUGGAUGUCUUGAAGUUUGACUUGCAUUUGGGAUCCGUUAGUUUUAGACUAGCUGAAGGCACGAAUUCGCA